AUGGGGUCGGUUUCCGGCUCGAAGCCGAUCGCGGAACCUGACGCCCUCAAGAUCGCCAUCGCAGUCGCCUUCGCCCUUUUCCGAUCGAAGCGUCUCGGCCAGCAAUCUGCUCCUCCCUCCUCGUCCCUUUCUGAUUCGGAUGUCCACCGCUGGAAGAGAAAGGUGUUGUUCGCUCAUCACCAUCUCUUUCUGUCGGCAGCUCGCUCUUUGCCUCCCUUUGAAGAAACAGUUCGAAGGAAAUCUGGUCAUCCUGAAUUCGAAUUCUCCAGGCUAAGGAGAGGAAACGAGAGCUCAUUAGUCUCAAAGAAGAGCUCAAGCAACUCGAAGAGGGGAGAGAACCGCAGUCCGAUGCUGUCCCCCAGAUCGUGUCCUGCAGAUGCCAUUUCUUUGAUGGAUGUGGACUCUCAGGCGCAAGAAACCUUUCGUCAGGUGUAGAGGGCAUUGGUGACGGCGAUGCUGGAUGUAAUGACUGGAUUGAUGAUGUUUUGAGGCGAAGAUUUUUGAGGCAGGGUACGUCGUUUAAUCUGGUGUUAUUCGCUUUAUGAUAUCUGGUAUUCAUCUCCUAGACAAUCAGCAAUUUAUAUCUACGAUUCUCAGUUCGUUGGAGAGAGAGAGAGAGGAGGAUUGACGGCUCCACCCGAAAGAGGCACUGCGUAGGUAGGUGCUUUCAUUUGGUUUUGAUUUGGAGUUUAAUGCAGUGUGUAAUGUCCGUAUUAGUGUUGUACCUUGCCUCGGAGGUUUCUAGUACGAGAUAGGUGCAUUACACUUUUCUUCAGUUGUAAAUGCGGAACAGUUGAACAUUAUCGAAUUAUGAAAUAUAUUCUUUCCAUCAGAGUUAGGCUAGAGACUAAACUGCCACGUGGAGUUUCAGAAAUGUAAUUUCCCGUUGCGCAAUGGGCAAUGGUUCGAGAAAGAACAGAAUGGCCUUAAAAUCGAGCUUUGUUAAAAGUUGACCUGAGAAAGAGCAUCUGGCCUUUGGGUUCAAAACGUCGAUUUUUUUUUCUAACAGAUUAAACUAAAUCUAAUUUUUGUUAGUUUUUGUUUCAUCUAGUGGUGUCUAGUUUUUGAUAUUCCUGGAAUAAUCUCAGAUUUAGAUGAUAACAACGAGAUGGAGUGGCUAUGCACAUCUGUUGAUUUCCUAUUGGAAUUGUGUGGCAGCGAUUUUUCUGUAAGAGAACAUUGCUUGGUUGCAUUUAUCCCUUCUAUCAUCACUAUUCAGGAGCACAUAAAAAUGCAAUCCUCAGUUUCUCAGUCUAUUUCGUUUUUGUGCAGGAAAAUGGAAACUGUAAUUUUGCCUCAUUAUCUCACCAAGCCAUGGACUCUAUAUUAGGUAAAUAACGGUUCCCAUAUCUUAACAGACGGAUUCCUCCUUUGCAAGAUGAACUUGCGAAAGCUUCCUUCUAAGAUCAAAAGCAUUAGUUGCCUAUGUUUUCUCUUUCGUAAGCCCCUCACAUCACAUCUAUUAUCUAGAAAGAUCCCAAUUUGACUAUUUUUUUUCCGUCCUUUACUUUGUUUAAAUUGGUAUUCUACUCGACAAAAAGAUGUGCAUAGUUCACAUGCUCUAUUUUGUUGGAACUGACAGACUUUUACCUAUUCAUUCACAUUUCACGUUCCUCUUUUGAAAUAAAUGCAAACUAUUUCAUUCUAGAGUCAAUACCGUCGUGACACAGAAUGGAAUCACAGGAAAUGAGAAUGGCUCCAAGAGUUGGGCCCAAAAGGUCGAAACUGGUGGAAUCUUCAGGACCAAAACAUUUAAGCCAAAAAAGGUCUAGAAGGGACAUGGAACGUCCAGAAGUAUCAUGUACAUAGAGAUCUGUUAUUUAAUUGCGGUAGCUACUAUUUUCUUAGAAUCCUUUAAUUUUGUAAUUCUAUUACUAGGGUCUAUUUUUUAACAGAUCUAGAAAAAAAAUUGCCUAUUGUGAGGUAAGCAUUCUAUAAGGCCCCUUCUAUGAUUGUUGCUUUCAAUUUCUGUCAUUCAUUUGGAUUCAAGGAUUCUAUUUUUCAUUCCUGGUGAAUUCCAAGUUCCUCCUUUUUGCUCCUUGUCAAUUCAAGGAUCUCUUCUAUUUCUUCUAGAUUGAAGGUUAAAUCUUCCUCCCGGGUUCUACUGCAUCAUACCUAUAGCAUGUAAAUAUUAGCAACUAUACGCAAAGGAGAAGCUUGAUCUUUUAGUAUCAAUUCUUUUUCUUUAUUUUUCUUGUACUAUUUUUUCUCGUUCUCAGCUUUCCUUUGUUCUUCUUACGUAAUUUGAACUGGAUUGGUAUUCUAUUGACGCUUACAUUCCAUAGUAACUGCUACUUUUUUUAUGACUCAAGAAAUUUGUGUGUGAAAGGCUAUUUAAUUGUAAUAUAACUGAGGAAACCGAUCCAGUUGUCAUUGCUGGAUGAGCUGGUUAUGUAUUUGAAAAUAACUUAAUUAUUUGCCAUCAACUUCAUAUAUCCUCCUUUUGUCAAUCGUUUCUUUUUAUAGUUCGGGAUGAAGGCUUAUUUUCCUUGUAAGCACAUUUUAAUGGCUAUUGUGGUGAUUUAUUUGCUAUUGAAAGUUAAGAACCCUAUAUCUUUGAAUAAUUGCAUAACUUUAAAAAAUGAAUAAUGAAUUAUUUACAGCACCAUCAUCACCGAUUCAUACUUUAUGCGUUUAAUAUUUUCCCUCCUUGACUGAAUUCUUAGUCAGCGAAUUCUCCAUGAAUAAUUCCCGGUUUUUUGUGACAAGUUUCACUGAAGAAGUUAAUAUUGUCAAAGAAGGAUGAUGAAAUUAUUGAAGAUGUUGUCAAUAGAUUGCUGACCUGUCUGUUACAAAGAAUGUGCAGCUACUCAGGGAAAAACGGUAAUCCUUCACAUCUUUAUUAUGUUAUGCGUGCCUUCUCUUAUCUUCUGUUGUGUCUCAUAAACGUACACGAUAAUUUUGAUAUUAAUUCUUAUUCAAGGCUGAUGAAGCAUAAGAAAGCAUCCAGUUGAACUUCUUAUAGUGUGCUUGUAUGUUUGCAGCAGGGUGGAUUGACACAAACCAAACAAGUAUAAAUAUAGGGGAAAAAAUGUCCUAACAAUUCAUAGAACGAUGGCUAGUUGUAUACAAUUACGCCGGCCACAGAAAAGGAUGAAAACCUAGGUUGAAUCCCACGGUUUAUGGGAUACUCAACCAAAUUAGGAAAAUAACCAACACCCUAACCAACCUCGGAAACUGACCAAAAACCUAACCAACUUGGGAUGCUGAGAAACAAAAACCAACUCGCAUUUACACUUUUUUUCCCUCAUGGAUAAAUAUGGCUAUUGUCGAACAUUGAUGCAAAUAUCUUAUUGCUGAUAUCUCACAGUAUGUUUCGUCUUAAGGUGGUCUGCAAUUUUUUUAAUUUUUAUGAUACUUAUUUGGCUAUCCUCUCUUGUAUUCUAUGAGAACAUGCAAAAGGUCCAUGAUUUUGAGCAUUUUCCUAAUUAGAAAUCACACAGUUCAUGUUGUCUAAUAUUUUCUCUCCAGCUUUACUUUAUUUUACUGGAAGUCCUUAAAUUUCCUUUUCUUGGCUAUUUUCCUCAUCAAUUUGACUUUAAAUAUUUUCUCACAUUUUUCUGUAUUUUUUCUUAAUAAUUUCUUGACCCCCCUAAAAGGAUAGACAAAAGAUCGAGAUGGAACAAUUUCCUUUGGCUGUAAGUGCGCGAGCCAAUGCCUCUGUACCUGUAUAGUCCUUGAAAAGGAAGGACUAUUCACACUUUAACCUGAAGAUUUUAACAAAAUGCUUUACCAUCUGUGGCGUGAAAGAAGUAUGAAAACGUCACCAUAUGAUUGUCUCUGCAGAGGUGGAAUUUACAUGAUAAUUUCCGUCUGGGCACCAGAACAUUGGUACCAAGGUGUACUAAUGCCUGUGGAACAUUGUCAUUCUUAUGUUUCAUUUUUUCCUAUUUUCACUUUGGUUGGAAUCUGUUUGGUCUGAUUCUCAGUGGUUACCCCACCAUCAUAUGUUUAUGACCUCCAGUUUCCCGAGUUUCAUUAGUGUUUCUCUUAUGUAUUAUCUUGAAGUAGACGUGCUUGCAGGGCUGAACCAUAAAGUGGAGCCAUUUUUAUGUUUCCCUCACAGAAAUCUUUUCUGUUUCAUAAAUAAAUUUCACGAAUCUAGAGAUGAAAAUAGAUAUCGCAAUUCGCAUUGACUACUCAUACUCUUGAUUAAUAGUUGUUUGUUUAUAGUCAGAGAGCAGUAGCUUUCGGUUUUUUGCUUAGAGCCAAUCACCUCAUUUGAUUCAUAUUGCAGGAACAUGUGUUUCUAGUAGAAAAACGGAUAUCUACAUACAGCACUUAAUCCGCAAGCUUGGAGACGAGCCAUACAUUGGUCAACGAGCAAUGCUUUUAGUUUCACAAAAGAUAUCAUCUCUGGCAGACAGCUUACUCGUUACAGAUCCAUUUGAUAAUGCUUUUCCUGAUAUGCAUGACCGCAUGUUUAUGAUGUAUGUUGUUGCGAAUAUACACAAUUUUAAGCCACUGUAGAUUAAUUGUGGAUGUGUCUCGUAUUUGAUAAUUCGUUGUGCAUUGGUUUCGGUUUAUUAAAAAGGAAUAAUGAGAGAAUUAGGACACUUGACCUGUAACAUCUGCUUCUGUAGAGGCCAUGAAAACAUCCCCGAGUGUAAGUGAACUCACUUUCGCGAUUUUUCUGCAAUGUAGAAUAAAGUAUCUUCUUUUAUACUAGAUGUUUAUUCGAUUCGUUAAUUCGCUGCUGAAGGGGUCGCGUACAGAGAUAUCUGUCAACCUGUCGUUUCUAGAAAAGUUAAUAACCUAUCGAGUGUCCAUACAAGCAGGAGUACAUUGUGUGUUUCCAAAGACACAUACAUAUAUGAUUCUAUUUAAGUUUUGAAGUGUGGGGUUUUAGCUGCAAGAAGUGCAGCUUUUUAAUUCGGCUGAAACUGAGAUUAGAUGCUUCUUUCGUCCAUGCAGGAUGCAGCUCACUGAGUUUAUAAUAUCAGACAAUUUGCAUAUUUGGACAAAAAAUGGUGACUUGGAUAGCAGCAGUAAGCUUCAGAUGUACUGUUUUUGAUUGAUUAUUCAUUUCAUUUAUGAUGGCUAGUCAUCUCUGCCAUGCUAGUCAUCUGUGCCAUCAAAACCUGAAGAAUUAUGAACUGUCUCACAGAGUACCAUCCUCAAUUUCCCAUCUUUAAGUUUAAGAAAACUUUCAGUGAUGGAAAUUUUAUUUAUUUUUGGACCAUAGUUAAUGGUCCUGCGUUCCGGCAAGGGAUAAAAACUUAUCCGCUGACAAUGGACCUGCCAAAUCUCAGAGCUAUUUGAGGAGUGGUUGAGGUCGAUCCUUCAAGCACGCAAGGCAUUGGGAGCUUUGGAGAACAGAAACGGACUGUACCUAAUCUACCUAGAGCGUAUCAUCGGAGCGACUGCCAAACAGGUGGGGCAACUUUCUUACCGAUUGGCGCUUAACUCGGAACUUCUUUCUAGUCUUUUUUGCUGAUCUAUGCCUUUGGCUAGCAAAACAAAAAAAAAAACUUGCUGAGCUUCUAAAUGAUUCUUGCCCUCUCGAAUUCGCCGAGGUUGGUGAUUAAAAGCUACACCGAAAAAUAAAUUGA